GAUGGGUUUAACGCGUCAGUACGUGAGAUACACGGAGUGUGGACUGUUUGGGGUGGUGGGGAGCCAGAAGUCCAACCUUCUACUUCUCAACCUCCAAGGAUCAAAGUGCCGAUAUUGUGCUGUGGGAGUCUGUGAGAAUGUAAUCAUCUGGGAUUUAAAAACGUCUGAAAAGUUCAGGGCGUUACCAGGAGAGAAGCAUGAGGUUACUGUAAUUACAGCGAGCCCAGAUAACUCUCUGCUGGCUGCUGGCUACAACAAUGGCACUGUCAGGAUUUUCAACAUAGCUUCAGGGGAUGUCAGCAUUGUCUUCAAUGGACACAAGUCAGCUGUUUCCGCCCUUAACUUUGAUGACCAAGGCUUGAGGCUGGUUUCUGGAGCUAAGGAUACAGACGUGGUUGUUUGGGAUGUUGUCAGUGAGUCGGGACUGUUUAGGCUGAAAGGACACAAAGGACUUGUUACCCAGGCCAAAUUUGUAAAGGGGCAUAACUUUCUGCUAACCAGUUCCAAAGACACAUUUAUUAAGUUUUGGGAUUUAGAUACUCAGCAUUGCUUUUAUACUUUGGUUGGUCAUAGAAGUGAGAUUUAUGACUUUGUCUUACUGAGAGAUGACACUGUGCUAGUCACUGGCUCAGCAGAUAGUGAAUUGAGGGUCUGGGAAAUUCACUACAAAGACAAGGAGACUGAUGCACCUGAUGCGCCUGAUGGGAAAGAUCUUGUUACUCCCGCCAAAAGACAAAGGUUAGGAUCUGAUGGUGACGAUGAUAGCAAUGGUGAAGAGGACUCCGAUGAAGAUGAGAAUAUUGUGAGCUGUAGUAAACUUGGAUCCGUGAUAAGGAAAGGGCGAAAUAGACUGGUUUCCAUGGUGACUGACAGGGAUAAGAGAUUACUGCUAUGCCACGGAAAUGAUACCUUGUUAGAAAUUUACCAAAUUCUGUCAGAAGAAGAACAAAGGAAACAUUUAGCAAAACGACAGAAAAAAGCCAACAAGAAACAGAAAAAGGAUUCUGGGGUAGAAUUACCUGUAGAGAUGGAGCUUACAAUGAAAGAGAGAUUUCCAUGUUUGAACUCUGUGAAAAUGUCAGGUAAACUGCAAGCAGUGGAUGUUCACCUGGAUAAGCCUGGACAAUCUCAGGUGGUGUGUUUGUUGACGAACAACUCUUUGGAAAUGUGUUCAGUUGACUUGGUACAGAAGAACUGUGAGUUGUCUCCCUUCACAAAGUUGACUAUGCAGGGUCACAGGUCAGAUGUGCGUACACUGAGCUUCAGUUCCGACAGCACUGCCAUCUUGUCUGCUAGCGGAGAAUUGGCCAAAGUCUGGAACAGAACAAGCCUUCAACCAAUCAGAACCAUGCGUUGUGGCUAUGCCCUCUGUUCGCUGUUUGCCCCUGGAGACAGACACGUUAUCAUUGGGACAAAGACUGGUACCUUGCAGUUGUUUGAUUUAUCAUCUGGUACAUUGUUGGAGGAGAUUUCAGCCCACUCUGGGCCCCUGUGGUCCAUUUCCAUGGCAGCAGACAAAAGGAGUAUUGUUUCAGGCAGUGCUGACAGUGAGGUAAAGUUUUGGAACUUUGAGAUAGUGGAGGAGAGAAGUGGUGAUCAGCUGAGCAAACGUCUCAGUUUGGAGCACUCAAGAACAUUGAAGAUGGAUGAGGAAGUGUUAUGUGUGAAGUACAGCCCAGAUCAAAGAUUGCUGGCAGUAGCACUAUUGGAUAAUACAGUCAAGGUUUUCUUUGCAGACACACUUAAGUUUUUCCUCUCCCUUUACGGCCACAAACUGCCUGUGUUGUGUUUGGACAUUUCGUCAGACAGCACUCUCAUUGUGACAGGAUCAGCUGAUCGCAACAUCAAGAUUUGGGGCUUGGAUUUUGGGGACUGUCACAAGUCCAUAUUUGCUCAUGAUGAUAGCAUUAUGUGUGUUCAAUUUGUCCCCAAGACCCACUUUAUCUUCUCUGGGGGAAAGGAUCACAAACUGAAGGAGUGGGAUGCGGAUAACUUUGAACAUAUUCAAACCCUAGAGGGUCACCAUUCCGAGGUGUGGUGUCUGGCUGUCAGUCCAUCCGGAAACUUCCUUGUGUCCGGGUCACAUGACAAAUCUCUGAGACUUUGGGAGAAAACACAAGAACCUCUCAUUUUAGAAGAGGAGAGAGAAUUGGAACGUGAGAGAGAGCACGAGGAAUCUCUUGGUCAAGGACAGGAUCCUGUGGUUGCAGGAGAGUCCAAUACAGAAGUGGGGCUCGCAGGGAAACAGACAUUGGAGACUGUUAAAGCGGCUGAACGUAUCAUGGAAGCUCUGCAGGUGUGUAAGAGGGAACAGUACAGACUGGACCUCCACAACAUGGAGUGUGAGAAGACCGGUAAACAGAUUGCCCCACCUGCUGUCAGCCCAAUGUUGUCGGCAAUGAAUGCAUCCUGUCCACAACAGUAUGUACUGGAGAUUGUGAGACGUAUUAGGUCAAGUGAGCUGGAUGAGGCGCUGCUGGUGUUACCGUUUGAUUGCGUUAUUGAGCUCCUUAAGCUCAUCCAGGUAUUCCUUGACAAUGGCUGGGAAACAGAACUGUCCACCAAGUGUCUCUUGUUUCUACUGAGGGUCCACCAAGGGCAGAUAACUGCAAACCAAGUGCUGUUACCUGUGAUAGACAAGCUGAGGAAGACAGUUGUAGUCAAAUCUGAAGAGUUAAAGGAUCGCAUUGGUUUUAAUCUGGCGGGACUCCAGUUUUUAAAAAGACACAUUGAAGAAGACCAGGAAGUGCAGUUCUUUACAGAUGCCACAGACAGGAGGCAGGAAAAACGCAAAAAAGAAAAGAAAAGAGCAGUCCUAACUAUUCAUACGUGAUUAAAACUAUGC